CAGCAGGGUAGUUUAAAGCCUUAGAGCUGAGCUGCGGUCACAAACUGACCGCACGUCGCUCAGAACUGUUUUUGUCCACCUAUCAGGACUUCAGAUCAUAAGCUGGUGAGGACGAUCGGCAACGAACCAACCAGCUGGUCCAUGUUGUGGUGCUGGAGGUGUCUUUAAGGAUUUGUUGGAGUUGGGAAUUCAAGGAAUGUCCUGGAACACUCUGGGUGGGUCCUGUUCCCGUUUUCCUGUUUACAUGUGGCCGUAGACAACCUCUACUCUCUGGACAGGACAGCUUAAUCCAUUUUUCCAUUUUUUUUUUUUUUUUCAAUUGGUUGAUCACUAGUCGAUGAUUUACACAUACAGUACAUCCCGUGCACGUUCACACACGCGCUCCAAUAUUGAACAGUGAUCCAGGGACCGACUCCUCCUCCAUCACCUGAGAACAUGCUGCAGCUGUCUGAGCAUAGGUCAGGAUGAUGGCCUCCGCUGUUUGCGGGGAUGACCGUGGCAAGUCGCUGACACUGAGAGGAGUGGACCCGGAGACAUGCAUGAUUGUGUUUAAGAACCACUGGGCGCAGGUUGUGAAGAUUCUGGAGAAGCAUGAGCCGGGUCGAGGCAGCGCCAGUGCGCUCAGUUUCCUCUCUGGUCAUGUGGGCAGCGGCAGCUUGCGCCUCGGGUCCAUCCCGCCUGACGAGGCCAGCGCUGUUCAGAACUAUGUAGAACACAUGCUGUUCCUGCUGAUGGAGGAGGAGGCGGGCCAAGGAGGAGCAAUGGGGCCCAUUUUGGAGUUUGUGGUUCUCGAGGGCGUGAUGGAGCGCCUGUUCCUGUGGAGCUUGAGGAGACAGUUCACAGAGGACAUGAAACUGGAGCAGCUCAGGAUGUACCAGAUGCUCCUCACCAAGGCCCGCCAGCCUCUUCUGCACCACAAGCCCAUUCUACGGCCGCUCAUGACGCUGCUGGCGUCCUGUGCUGGUACCGGAGCAGAUGGUGACAGCCGCGUGGAAGCGGAGCUGGUCCUCCUGCUGAACCAGCUGUGCGUAGCGCUGGUCAAGGACCCCUCGGUGCUGGAACUGUUCUUCCACACCAGCGAGGACCAGGGUGCUGCCAACUUCCUGCUCUUUUCCCUGCUUAUCCCGUACACGCACAGGCAAGGUCCUGUGGGUCAGCAGGCUCGUGAAGCUCUGCUGCUAAUAAUGUCGCUUUCGGCUUCCGAGCCUCGGGUCGCCCAGCACAUUGGCCAGAACACAUACUUCUGCCCUGUUCUGGCCACGGGUCUUUCAGGUCUCUACUCCUCCCUCCCGGCCAGGUUGCAGGUUUACAGUGACGAGUGGAACUGUCUGGACCGGGCCGACUGGCAACAGGUUCCUGCUCUUGUCCACUUUCUGCACUCGCUGGGCUUCUGCAGCGCAGUCACCAGUGUUGCUCAUCCUUCCAUUCGCUCCCAGCUGCUGAGUUACAUCUACAAUGGCUUCCUGGUUCCUGUGCUGGCUCCCGCUCUGCACAAGCUGACAGUGGAGGAGGUCAUGACCACCACAGCCUACCUGGACUUGUUUCUGCGCACCAUCUCGGAGCCUGCCCUCCUCCAAACCUUUCUGUCCUUCAUCUUGCUGCACACACACGACAACGUGCACAUCCUGGACACCCUGGUCAGCAGAGUCAACACACCAUUCCAGCUGGGCACGGUGUCGCUGGCCCUCUUCAGGACUCUGAUUGGGCUCUUCUGUGAGGACGUGAUGCUCCAGCUGGUUUUCAGGUUCUUGAUUCCCUGCAGCUACCUGAGCAAGAAGCAGCGCUUCUCCUUAAAGCGCAAGGACUGGUGCUCCUCCAGCGCCUCUUCGUUCUUGCUCCUGCUGCCUUCCUGGUGUCCUGUCGGCCUGCCAAACACACACGGAGCCAGCGAGCACAUCCACUGGUCCAAAGGAGCAGAUGUGUUUGCGGGCGACAGCGUCGGCUACUGGAGAGGCUCAGACUUCCUGAUGGACGUCAACUACCUCCACUACCUCUCGGACGCCCGACAGGCCAUCUCCGCUUCCUACAGAGCAUGUCGACACUGGUCGGCGCCUUACGAUGGCGAUGACCCAGAAGAAGACCAAUCUGGCACAUCAGGGGAAAUCGAUGAGGACGAUAUGGUACGGCGACUCACAAGCGACUCGAUGGGCAUAACUCCUCCCCCCCCAGGUGCCUCCCCAAGCCCUUCCUCUGUGGAUGCCAUUUCCACGACUAACCAAGCAAGAGGAGCCGGCUCGGCUUUGGAGCUUGAGUGGGACGACAUCUUUGCAGAUGAUGAUUCUUCCUAUUCGACAGUGCUCACAAAUGGCGGCGAAAGCAUGGAGGUUGGAGGCUCCACCCCUUCACGCACGCCGCCUCCUCGACACAUACAGGACAUGCGCCGCAGUGCCGCCAAGCUGGUGCAUGGUGCAUAUGUGGAGGAGAGCGAAUUUGAGGACGACGUUCUGGUCUAUGACCUUGUCGCACAGAAAGACGCCAAGGCUGCCAUCUUGGAACGAAUUCUGGAGGCAAAUCGGCGAGCACGUGGAGGCCUGUCCCCCACAGCAACAAGGAGGACUGUCCAUGAAACGGUCAACAACAUCAUGUCAUCACGUAGGACAAGUGAGGAUGGAGGAAAGGAGGAAAUAAGGGGUGAAGAUUACGCAAAAGAAGCUAUGAAGAGAAGCGAAGACUUUGAGAAGGAAGUGGCAAGGAGGAAGGAGAAAGGAGAGGAAGACGAGGAGGCACGGCUCAUUCUCACCAGUGGUAGUCAUAGCAUGGAACAAAGUGAUGAUGAUGACCGCCCCAAUGACAUUACAACGUCUACCAAUCACACACAGCCUUCACUCAAUGGCCAUUUUGAGUCACAUGAUGUAAUGUUGACAAACACAGGCUCACCACAUGAGCCGCCAAAUCCACCAGACAACAAUGAUGACUUCCUGUCCCAGUACCAGGAGCUAAUGCGCUCUUUAGAGGUGGAGCCAGAGUGUGUAAACAACCUGGACGACAUAACUGCCUUCAGGAGGCGUGUCCACGAAUUGAGGCAAAGACUGGAAGAGGAGGAAGAGGACCUGAGUCAGGACUUUGGUGUGAGGUGCCAAGAGGAAAGAGAGGAGACGGCGAUGGAGGACGACGACGACGAGGAGUGGGGGAGAGACAGUGGGAAGCAUGAUGUUCCAUUUACAGGUCCCUUCAUCAGUGUCUUGCUGUCCCGCUUGGAGAACCUCCUGGAGAACUCCAUCGCGGUUAACUUGCUGGUGACGGGCAUCCUGGCUCAACUGGCGUCGUACCCACAGCCACUGCUGAGAACUUUUCUGCUUGCCACACAAGCACACCAGCAGGCCGGUGUGCGCACACUGCACCAGGUGCUGGUGUCGCUUCAAGGACAAAUCGAGCGCUACAUCCAAGGGCGACCAGAGUACCCAGCUUUGGUGACACAGGCAUGGAGGUUCUUAUUGGCUAAAGACCAAGACAGCAAGAUCCGAGACAGCCUCCAGGUUGAGGGAGACCAUAUUCUGGAGCGCCCUCUUCCCAACGGCUCCGUGAGAACCUCUCUUGCAGUGCCCCCCCUUGCCGUCCUGCCACCCUGUCCCACCAUCCCGCCUCAAGACAAGAGCCGAGUGUUUGCCAUUGUCCUGUAUGCAGAAUUUCUCAAGGAGUUGGCCGCCAUCGCCCUGGAGCACAGCAUUGCACCCGACUGGACUGACGAGGAAUAGGCAGGCUUCAUCUGAAAAGACAAAAUCAUUCAUUUGACCUUUAUUUAUUUAAACAUCCUGAAGCACUUGAAUUGCUUUAUGCCCAAUUCUUAAGGAAGUACAUUUUUCAUUUUUUCUACUGUAGUAGAAUGCUAAAACUUCUUCCUGAAACUUAUGUAAUUCGGGGCACGCACACACACUUCACAUGUCCAUCUAUGUUCUACUUCGACGGGAUGUUGCGUUGCCAUGGUGACAAGACUGACUGGCCAACUGAGUGCUGCCACCUGCUGGUGACACUCUUUAUGGAUAAAAUGAUUGCAAAGAUAAUAUUUAAAUUAUUAGACACAACAAUACAAUUUGUGUGUGUGUGUUUUUUUUUUUUUUUAGUCUGAUGAUUACAGUUCCUGUUAGUUGUGUUGCUUAAUCCACCAACACACUAAGAAUUGUGUGCUUCCAAUUUAGUGGGAACACUUUAGGGAAGGCCUUUUUCUGCUCCUUAUACACAAAGUAACGUCCAUACAGGCACGCUUUGAAUUUGGUGAGGAAGAACUAGAAUGGUGAGCAACAUCAAAGAGAGCGACUGCCGACCUCACAAACGCGCCUAAAUAUUGCCGAAAAUUGUCUCAGAAGAGUUGAGGCUGCAAACAACGUCCUGUGCCGGUGUUUUUAGGUGAGCUGAGAUGUACAGUAAAUCUUAAAUUAGACUAAGUGAAGUGUGCUUCUAAGCGAUGACAUCCUGUGUGGUGUGGUGUUGGCUCCGUGGUCGCUGACUCACUUCCUGAGUACAUACAGAGACAAAGUUUUCAUGCUUGCGACUGACUGAGGGGUGAGGCCAGCAAGGACAAAGAGUGCUAGCUAGCAGCAGGUGGACAGCCUGACAGAGGAAGACAUACUGUAAGGGGUGGGAAGCAGCAGAUGAGGACCACUUCAGGGACAUCUUUGAUCAACUUGUUGCAGUCACAAAAGAUGAACCGUCAACUCUUCUUGCUGCGUGAGUUCAGUCGCAAUGCUUACAUUUUGUAACAUGGCCUCCACUCAGCAUGCGCUUUGGUGUUCAUCCUGCGUGUGGGGGCCAUCACAUCAUUGCCCAGGGUGUACCUUAUGUCUGGACACACAGGCAAAAAUGCAGCAUUUAUACAAUUAUACAAAAAUAUGUACAGGCGCAUUUCAAAAUAUCUGAAUAUCUUGGUACAGUAUAUGAUAAAGUUUAAGUCAAGAACAUUACAUUUUAUAUUCUAUUUUAUUUUAGGUAAAAUGGGAAAAUGCAUAUUCAUUGGCAUGAGCACAUGCAAGUUCAACAUGUAAAUAUGCCAGAAAGGCUCGUUGUCGUCUUUCAAAAGUUAAUUUCAGUAGUGCAAUUCAAAAAGUGAAACUCUUAUUUUCUAAACUACUGGUUCAUGCUCUAAUCAUAAUGAACUGCAAAAACUUCCUGAGCCUUUAAUCGGUCUCUUGGUCUGAAGUGAACUCCUGAAAUGAAAGAUUUUUUUUAACUAUUAUAAAAAUUGUACUAUUAUACAGUUGUGUGAAAACUGAUUUAUUUUUUUGCAUGUUUUUGCGUGUUUGCCACACUUAAAUGUUUGAGAUCGUCAAACUUUAAAAAUGUAAAUAUUAGUCAAUGACAACACAACUGAACACAAAAUGCAGUUUUUAAAUGAAACUUUUUAUUAUUAAGGGAGACAAAAAUCCAAACCUACAUGGCCCUGUGUGAAAAAAUGAUUGCUCCCUAAACCUAAUAACUGGUUGGGCCACCCUUAGCAGCAAAAACUGCAAUCAAGCGUUUGAGAUAACCUGCAAUGAGUCUCUUACAGGGCUGUAGAGGAAUUUGGCCCACUCAUCUUUGCAGAAUUGUUGUAAUUCAGCCACAUUGGAGGGUUUUCAAACAUGAACCGCAUUUUUAAUGUCAUGCCACAUCAGCUCAAUAGAAGUCAGGUCAGGACUUUGACUAGGCCACUCCAAAGUCUUCAUUUUGUUUUUCUUCAGCCAUUCAGAGGUGGACUUGCUGGUGUGUUUUGGAUCAUUGUUCUGCUGCGGAACCCAAGUUGGUUUCAGUUUGAGGUCACUAACAGAUGGCCAGACAUUCUCCUUCAGGAUUUUUUGGUAGAAAGCAGAAUUCAUGGUUCCAUUGAUCACAGCAAGUCUUCCGGGUCCUGGAGCAGCAAAACGGCCCCAGACCAUCACACGACCACCACCAUAUUUUACUGUUGGUAGGAUGUUCUUUUUCUGAAAUGCGGCCUUACCAGAUGUAACGGGACACACACUUUCCAAAAAGUUAAACUUUUGUCUCGUCAGACCACAGAGUAUUUUCCCAAAGGUCUUGGGGAUCAUCAAGAUGUUUUCUGGAAAAAUUGAGACAAGCCUUAAUUUUUUUUUUUUGGCAGUGGUUUUCGCCUUGGAACUCUGCCAUGCAGGCCGUUUUUGCCCAGUGUCUUUUUUAUGGUGGAGUCAUGAACACUGACCUUAACUGAGGCAAGUGAGGCCUGCAGUUCUUUGGAUGUUGUUGUGGGGUCUUUUGUGACCUCUUGGAUGGGUCGUCGCUGUGCUCUUGGGGUAAUUUUGUUUGGCUGGCCUAUCCUGGCAAGGUUCCCCACUUUUCCAUGUUUUCGCCAUUUGUGGAUAAUGGCUCUCACUGUGGUUCACUGUCGUCCCAAAGCUUUAGAAAUGGCUUUAUAACCUUUUCCAGACUGAUAGAUCUCAAUUAAUCUCAGUUAUGUUUUAACGGGGGGCGAUCACUUUUUCACCCAGUGCCAUGGAGGUUUGGAUAUUUUUCUCCUGUGAUAAUAAUAAAGUUUCAUUUAAAAACUGCAUUUUGUGUUCGGUUGUGUUGUCAUUGACUAAUAUUUAAAUUUGUUUGAUGAUCUGAAACAUUUACGUUUGACAAACCUGAGGUAGAAAAAUAAAUAAAUAAAUGAGAAAGGGGGCAAAAACUUUUUCACACCACUGCAUGUCCAGACUUUUAGGGACACUCUGUAGCUGUGAGAAAGUAAUAUCACUUCACAUG